AUGUGGCUUCUUGCUUGUGAUUGCAGGAGCGAUGGGAUCGUCGAGUUUGACAAGAAACUUGAGGACGACUUCAUUGUGGUGGUUGCGCUGAAGGAGUGCACAGGGGGGUCGCUCAUCACCCGAUUGGCUGCUUCCGGAGGUCGAAUGCCAGAAGAAUCGUGUGUCCACCUUGUCGCAAAGCCGCUUGUUGCUGCACUGGCAUUGCUUCAUGGGAAGAGGAUAGUACACAGGAACUUGAAGCCCGAGCACAUCAUGUACGAUGAGUUCAAUCAGCUGCAACUGGUGGACUUCACCUCGGCAGCAGUCAUCGGCAAGACACCGCUCACAGGCCGUGAGGGCACGCUCGCCUACAUGGCCCCGGAGGUGCUCAUGAAACCCACCCCCGACGAAAUCUUCCAUGAGGUCAUCAGCAAUGGCAUCUCAGAGUCCGACCUGCCCUCCUACGACGAAAAAGUCGACAUCUGGUCCAUGGGCGUCAUCAUCGUCGAAGCACUGACGGGCCGUCAGCCGUUCCUCGCGGACACCGCAGAGGCCAUGUGCCGAGUGCAGCGGCAGGAGGUGCAGGGUGACCGAUUCGGAGGCGUGCUGGACCUCGUGCGUGACCAACAGUUCCUGUCGCUGGAGGGGCAGGACUUUCUGUCAUCGAUCUUCAGACUUAGUCCCCGGGAGCGGCCGACAGCAGCGGCGCUGAUGUCGCACCCUUGGCUGGAACUGCUUGGGAGCGACGACGGCAAUUGUCAGGUGGACUAG